AUGCCAACUAAACAACCCUCCCCCUCCGACUUCCCCCCCUCCCUAACAUUCACCCUCACCCCUCCACAACAACCACCACAACGACGACCCCCCCCCAACAUCCUCCUCCUCCUCCACGGCCUCGGCGACACCCUGCCCCCCUACACAGCCCUCGCGAAAGCCCUCAACCUCCCCGAAACCACCGUGCUCGCAAUCCAAGCCCCGCACGCCCUCCCAUUCGAUCUCCCCGGUUUCCACUGGGGCGACGACAUCACCUUCGACGCCCGCUCCGGCGCCCUGGACAUGGACAGCGGCUUCGCAAGAGCCACGGGCUUUCUCGUCCGCGACGUGAUUGGGGCUAUCCUCGUGGGGAAAUGCGGGUAUGCCUUGCGCGACGUGCUGAUUUGGGGACUGGGGCAGGGGGGGAUGGUGGCGUUGGAGGUUGCGCGUGCGGUUGGGAAUGCUGGUCCAAGCCCAAGCCCAAGCCCAAGAGAACUGGGAGGGGUUAUUUCAAUCGGGGCCCCGGUUUCGGCUUCGGUUUCUCGCGAGUCGGUGCUGGAGAAGCAGACGAAGACUAAGACGCCCGUGUUGCUGGUUUCAGGGCGCGAUUCGGCGCGCCUGGCGGAUUCGGCCGUCCGCCGGACAAUGGACUUCUUUGAGUUUGUCGAGGUGCAUGCGUAUGCGAGGAAAGGGGAUGUGAUGCCCCGGAACCGCGACGAGAUGACUCCCAUCAUGAGGUUUUUGGCGAGUAGGUUGCGCAGUUGGCAGGGGGUUCCCGAGGGGAGUGUAGAGAUUUCUUAA